AAAAUUAGAAACACGGAACUUAUAUAAAGUUACAGAACAAAUCAAAGUUUUAUAGAUAGCUCUCACAGUUUCUCAUUUUCUCACCAGUAGCUCAAAUCUCUCUCACACAAAACCUAGAAAUUUCAAAGCCAAUUCAUAGCUCUCAAUCAUGGAAAUUUCGAAGCUCUAGGUCAUGGCAAUUGCAUAGCUAUUGGUCUCUCAAUGCGGUGGCUCUGUCUCAUCGUCACUCACAAAAUCGAAGUAGAAGUCUUCUGUCAACUCCUCUACUCUUCGCCUACCUCAUCUAAUCUCCCCCAAUUUUCUAGGGUUUCAAGCUCAAUCGCCACUGUGACACGAAGAUCAUUUUGCCUGAUUUGUCUCGAUUCUUCGAUGGAUGAAAAUUCGGUGCGUUUUCAUGUUUUGUUUAUAAAUUGUAAUGUUUGGUUCCUGGGAAAAUUUGAGGGUGAAUAUUUAAAUUCUCUCUCACUUCCUCUCUCUCCCCAAACCCCCAAGAGUCUACUACAAAGGAUGGUCAAGCUAAUAAACAGGUGAGAUUGAAUUUAUUAAUGUAAUUGUUCCAGCAGUUUUUUCACUAUUUGUGGGAUUGAAAGCUAGAACGUUUGUGAGUUCAAAUUACAAGUGCUUGGUAUGAUGUAGAUGUGUUCCCUGCCCACAGAUUUCUUUCGGGUGAAAUUAGAUACUGGUAUUGGAAUGACCAAAGAAGAGCUCAUUGACUGUCUUGGAACUAUUGCUCAGAGUGGUACUUCAAAGUUCUUAAAGGCUCUGAAGGAAAAUAGGGAUCUUGGAGCAGACAAUGGUCUGAUUGGUCAAUUUGGUGUGGGGUUCUAUUCUGCCUUUCUUGUUGCUGAGAAGGGACAUGACAAGUAUGAAUUCUCAGACCCAGCUAGGAUUCAGGGUUUGGUAAAGAAUUACUCUCAGUUGUUUCCUUCCCCAUUUAUACAUGGCAAGAAAAAUCAAGGACUGUUGAGGUGAGACGCCUUAAAUUAUUCUCUGUGUCAGGAAGGUUAUUUGGGAGAUUGAAAAUUUUAGAUCUUUGCAUAGUUUUGUCUGUCCAAUUGUAAAACAAUUAGCUACUUGUUUUUUAAACAACACCCAAGAUGGAAGUUGAAGGUUAUAAGAAUCUUCUAUUUUGAAAGGUAGAUGAACAAUGUAAAUUUGAAAGUGUAAAGGGCAGUAGGCAAAGUAGUUGAGUUGUAUUGAUUUUUACAGUUUGUUUCAAGUUAUUAAAUUCUGAUUAAUGUUAAA